CAGCGGUAGCUCCAGAGUCUGUAGGACUCCGGAGCUGCAGGAUCUUCACCUCUGCUGCAAGAGGAGAAGUGGGGGGAGGGGUCAAAUCUUGGAAAGGAGGGGCACAGUUCUCAUCCCGAAAUUCCACCGCCCCCCCAAAACCAAGCCAAAAUGCUACACUGGAGGCUGCUUGGGGGAGAUGAGAAAGCUCAGCUUCAGGAACUCAACGCCCGCCUGUACGAUUAUGUGUCUCGGGUGCGGCAGCUGGAGCAGGAGAACCAGCAGCUCCUGGACGAGCUGCAUAACCGGAGAGAAGAGGACUGGUGGGCGGCAUGGCAGGGGCGCUACCAGGCGGAGGUGAGCAGCUUGAGGCAGCAGCUGGAUGAGCUUAGCUGGGACAAGUCCCUGGCCGAGGAGGAGCGGGACAGCCUGUGGCGCGAGCUACAGGAACUGCGCAGGCUGAGCGGGGAGGCGCGCGCGGUCCGGGGCCAGCUGGACGCCGAGCUGGGCGCGCAGCGACUGCAGCUGAAGGAGGCCCUGGACGCCCGGGCGGCCCUGGAAGGGCUGCUGGGCCGCCUGCAGGACGAGCACCAGCGUCUGCUGGAGGGGCACGCGCGGGACGUGCGAGAGCUGCGGCAGCAGGUGUCCACCUACUCCAUGCGAUUCCGCGCGCGCCAGCCGCCCCGGGAGCCCCAGCUCGAUCUGCGGGAGGUGCACGACAGCUACGCCCUCCUGGUGUCCGAGUCCUGGCAGGAGACCUUCCAGUUGUACCAGGACAAGGUGCGCGAGCUGGAGGACAAGGUGAGGCUGGGGCAGGAGAGUCGGCAGGAGGCGGAGGAGGAGAAGCGGCUCUGCCAGCUCGAAGUGGAGUCCCUGCACAGAGAGGCGCAAGAGUUGGACCAGCUGCGCCAGAGGCUAGAGGAAGAGCUCCUGAGGAUGAGGGAAAACUACGACCUGGAGAUGGAAGAGAACCAGAGAGUAAUUGACUGCCUAGAAGAUGAAAAGCAGAAUUUGACCAUGACCCUGACAGAUCGACUAAAGGACUACCAGGAACUAUUACAAGUGAAAACAGGCCUAAAUCUUGAAGUUGCAACUUACCGAGCUUUAUUGGAAGGAGAAAGUAACCCGGAGAUACUAGUAUGGACUGAGCACAUACAGAAUGUUCCACGAGAAAUCAAGAAUAUACCAUGCCAGUAUACCAAUUCCAUAUUACAAAGAGAAAACAAACGGAAUAUAUUCUCCAGGGAGAAAAUAACCUCAUCAAAUAAAAACAUCUCAGCACCGUAUGCAAAUCGAUCAACAUUCUUUGGACCACAGGCUACAAUAGUAACUGGAAGUGCUCCAAGAAAAGAUUUCCUGGGUCCAAGCUAUUCUUCUUCUUCCACUCUUAGACAAGAAACCUUGUAUGAAAGAACCGCAAAAGAUCAUAGUGAGCUCAGAACACUUCCUACAACACAUGGCCUUUUAAGAAGUGCAGAACCUCAGGUGAAAGUGAUUCCUGAAAGACAGAAAACAGAAAACAGAAGUAGCAUCACCACAUAUUUAACCAAAGAAUCGGCAAGUGCCCAAAGACCUAGCCAACAACAUAAAGAUGUAAGGACAAGCACAUCGGCAAGCACUCGAUCACGUGAAAUAAGUGUUCUUCAGGGAAAGAAAACAGAGGAGAGAGCGUCUACAGAGGAGAAAAAACAUAAAAUGGAACUAACUAAACCAAGACAAGAGGAGAAAAUGUUUGACUCUAAAGAAAAGGCUUCUGAGGAAAGAAAUUUAAGAUGGGAAGAAAUGACUAAACUAGAUAAGGAAGCAAGAGAGAGGGAAAGUAUGCAAUUGAAGGGAAAGGCUAAAGGAGGUGAAUCAACCAGGGAGAGAACCACAAUAUUUGGAGAAAAAAGAGAAAUACAGAUACCUGUUAGCUUUGAGGGGCAAGGGCAUGGAAAAACACCACAAGAUAUCGAAGUAGAAUUAUCAGUAAAAGAUGUACAAACAUUUAAAAAAGAGGAUGCCGGUGAUAGUAAAACUAAAUGGACAGAUGAGAGAGGGUUGAAGUUCAAGGUCAAUACUAGUGAUGCUGUUGAUUCCGCCAAAGAUUCCACAAGAAAAACUGUAGCAGAAAAUAUUGUUUCCAGUAUUCUUCAGCAGUUUGUGCAGCCUUCUGAUAUGGAAACAUCUGCUGGUCCUUCUCUGGAUACAAAAGUCACUUACAUGGAAAGGAAAGAACUUCCUGGUGAUGGGAAGGCAAAGACUGAGAUUAUUGUGGAGUCUAAAUUGCUUGAAGAGAUAGAUGUUUCAGAUGAAGACAGCCUGAAGCAUCUCUUAAGCAAGGGUGCUAAGGAAGUAGAGAUUAAAGGGAAAUCGGCAGAAAGCAUGAUAGGAGAUAUAAUAAAUCUUGGCCUGAAAGGAGGAGAAGGGAGAGCGAAAGUAGUUAAUGUUGAGAUUGUUGAAGAACCACUGGGAUAUGUAACUGAUGAGAAGGUUGACUUUUCAACACCAUUUGAAGUAGAGGAAGUAGAUGAUGUCUCUCUAGGCUUAGAGAGGCAUUACAGUGAUGAGGAAGGUGAUGAAGAACCAAGUAUUGCCUUCUCAGGUAAUCAACUUAAAAAGACAAAGCAACCUCAUCAGAACGUAACUCACUUUGAAGAAGUAACUGAAGCAGGUGACUCUGAAGGGGAGCAGAGAUACUUUGUUUCUACUCCAGAUGAGUAUUCUGGGAGUUAUGACAAAGAUGAAGAUUCUGUGUAUGGGCAAAUUCAUGUUGAGGAAGAAUCAACUAUCAAGUAUUCUUGGCAAGAUGAAGUUUCACAGAGCACGGAGAAAAGGAGAAAGAGAAGCAAUUUGCCUGGAGAUGAAUUUUCAAGUACAUCAGAAAUCUUUUCUCCAGAAGAGGAUGUGGAUUUCAGUAACCAGAAGGAAUACCCAAAAGGUGACAAAUUACAUGCUGAAUCCAUUGUCAUUGAAAAAGAAAUUAAAAUACCCCAUGAAUUCCAGACCUCAAUUAAGGAACUCUUCUCCAAAGAUCCCAAACGUCAGUUGGUAGAGACAAUUGGGCAGCUGGAAGGGAGCCUUCCUGAAAGUGUGAGAGAGGAGCUGUCUGUCCUCACUAAGGAGAGUCAGGGGGAUGCUGGCAAUAUUUCAGUUAAAAAACUUGAGAAAACCACUGAUGGUGGAUCAGUCACGAUUGUUGCUGAAGUCAAUCUCUCGCAAACCCUUGAUGCAAAUCAGUUUGACCUGGAACAACUAAGUAAAGACAACUCUAGCAAAGUAGAGAAAAUAUUACAGUCAACAGUUGUAGAUAGUUUUGAAAAACACCAAGCCCAGGAACCCGAAAGCCCAGAUAGUAAAAGUGGUAUAGAAGUUUCCGGUUCCGGUAUUAAAUCCAAGCGUUGGGCCAGCAGAGAAAUGUACAGUUCAUCUAGUGCCAGAGAUGGUGGUGGUGGAGAACAUUAUACUGCUGAACACGUUUUUUGCCAAGGUCCAGUUUCUGCAACUGUGGAAGUUAGCAGCCCAAGAGGUUUUGCUCAAUCACAUGUCUUAGAGGACAUAAACCAGUCUGUAAGGCAUAUUAAAAUAGGCCCUACUGAAAUUCAGAGGACGGAGCAAAUCUUUUAUGAAGGACCCACUUCAGAAGUGGUAGAGAUGGAUCUGACUAAUAGAGAAGAAACCCCCAGCACUGCUAGAGGCACACGAGAAACUACCAUAUUCUUUCCUGCAAGGAAGGAAGCAAAACUUCACAUUUCGUCUGAUGAUGGUGACUGGAGAGACAAUGAAAGCAAAAAGGACAGAGAAGCAAGUGUGAGUUUUCAGGUUUCUGCUGCUCAAGAUAACCAGGCUCAUGGCGAACAAGUCACAGAGAAGGUUAAGUUUGAUAAAACAGUACAGCUACAGAGAAUGGUAGACCAAAGGUCAGUGAUUUCUGAUGAAAAGAAAAUUGCUGUCCUCUAUCUAGACAAGAAGGAAGAGGAGGAGGAGAAUGAUGGACAUUGGUUUUGAAAUUUCAAACAGAUUGAGUUUUAAUAGCAUCUUAUACAGUACUUUAACCAACACACUUGAUAGUUUUAAUUGACUCAUUUUUCAAAGGAAUUCACAAGUUGGGAUUGCUUAUCCUAAACCCUUUUUGUUGCAUAAAUUAAUUGAAAAAAGAGAACUCCUAACACUUUAAAUUUACUUCAUGGAGGAGUCAUAUUAAUAUGUAGCAUAUUUUGAAAUUUUGAGAAUUUUGAAAAAAAUAACUAUUUAUUUCUCUAAUCUUUAAGAGUUUUUUAACUGGAGUUUUCUGUCCAUUACCUAAGAUAGUUUAUCAGUUUUGUCCUUGGCCAUGGAAAUGUCAGACAUCUAUUUAAAUGAAAAGCUCUUAUCUAUAAGUAAGAUGCUUAAGAAUAACGAUAUUAAAAUAACAUUUAAGGGUUAAUUCAUUUGCAUGUGCUAAUAUCAUAUAAGCUAACAUUCUAGGGAAAAAUAGACAAUUAACUUGAGUGUCUUUGCAAGAGACAACAUUGCACUUUUAGGCUUAGCAUAGACAGUUUUACAGGAAAAGAAUUAUAACUAUAAAUUGCUGUUGAGUUCAUUAUUUUCAGGAAAACAUUUAAUUUGCCAUAAAAGGAAAAUUCUGUUCUAGGAUGUGAACCAACAGAUUUCAAUUUUCCUUACUUUAAAAAUGUCAUAUUUAUUUAUAGAGUGACCAACUAAAUAUUCCAUUGCAAUAUUUUUAGUCAGUAUGCCUGUUCUGUAUUGUAAAGCUUUAAGGAAUUGAAAGACUAGAAAUGUGUAUAGGUUAUAGUGUAUGGGGUGUUCAGGGAGCAUAAAGACAGUCAAGAUGUUUUGUUUUGUAGCUUUGUGCCACUGGUUCCAUCAUAACCCUAGCAUAGGAAAAGCUUAGUUCAAAUCAUAUUGUGCUUAAACUUCUCUUUACUUUUAUGAAGUUCACAGAUCCUCACAUUCAACACCAACAAACAUUUACUAAGCAUCUAUCUAUUUUGUGCAAGGUCACGAAAGACAGAUGAACAAAACAUGGUCCCUGCACUCAAGGAGUUUAUAAUCUAUUUAGUUAAUUCAGUUCAAUUCUUCAUACAUACACUAGCGAUAUAAGAGGUACAAAGAUAAUUCUGAUAUAAUUAGCAUAAAUGCCUAUAACACGAGGGGGUAUAAACAAAGUAUUAAAAAGUGGCGUGGUACUAUAGAAAGUACACUGGAUUUGGAAUUGGAAGGCCGGGGUUCAGUUCUGCAUUCUACUACUUAUUAGCUUAAGUGACCUUCAGCAAGAGAUGUAACCUCAGUGAAUUGUAGUUUUAUCAUCUAUCAAAUGGAGAUUUUAUAUGCCAACUAAAAGGAUUUUUGUGAGGAAAAGACUUUGAAGUAGAAUAUGCUAUAUCAGUGUCAGGUAUUACUAUUAUUUUUGUAGAAGGAAGUUUGACUGGGCUUCAGUCAAACGAUAUUAAUGAUAUUCAUUUAAAAUGUAUAUGAAAUGAACCUAUAAUAUGACAUCAUAUAUGAUAUAAAUGAUACUAAUGUGGAAACAAAACAUUAGGUGAAAGGUUGGCAGUGUAGUUGUAAAAAGUAAAAUAUUGUACCUUAAAGAAGUGACAGUCAGAUGGCAAAUCUCUUUCACUACCAUUACUCAGGUCUUUUCCUUUCCAAACUCAAAGAUGAAUAAAGGUGGAGGUUUUGCAUUUUGAGAAGAAAUAAAUAGUAAUUAGUAAUUUUGUUCAAGAAAGUAAGUAACUUAUGUUAAAAAAUUUUAAAAAUUGAGGGGGGUUGGUGGGGGAGCAAUUGGUAGCAGCUCCUAGAUCACAGUGUAGUACAAACUCACUGGGGAAUGAUGCAGUAGGUUUGAAAAUGCUCCAUGCUGUAGACUGAGGAGAUGUAUAUGUGUACAGAUAAGAUAGAGUGGAGAUAAAGAUGUGAUAAUCACUGAGUUUUUAGUGGCUCAGCUUUUAUCAUAUGCCCUAAUGAUACGAUUCAAAAGCUGCUAUCUUUAAAGGUACAAGGGUAUCUCAUAAAAUAAUCUCUCCAGCAGCACACGGUCGUAACAUCAAGAAAAACAAUCAAUAUUUUAAACAAGGAGACAGGUUGCUUUUUCCUUAUGUUUCUUGUGCCUUUUGCAUUGGUUCCAUGGAACUGUGUUGGAUAGGAGUAAGAUAUUAGGAAUAAAGGCCUAAGUGCAAUUUCAACUUCAGUGCCAAAUUAUCUUGAGUUUUGGUUGUAAUUGCAUUUCAAAUUAGAUUUACCAUGUUCAAAUAUUUUAAUCUAAAAUGUGUGUAUGAUCAUAGAAAUCAUGCUUUUAAUCACUUUAAGGUAUCCUUUUAGAACCAUUUUUUUGAUAGCUGAAACAUAAGAUUUAUGAAAAGUCAUUUAUCCUAAUCUGCUUAUUAUAGAGAGAUACAUAUUAAAUGAGUCCAGCUUUUAAGAUGUUUUUUUUUUAAAUAGCCCUCUCUGUAUAAAUGGAAGUAGAGAAAGGUGGAUAAUUACUUUGAAUUGCAGUGUUUUAUUGCAUUCUUUUUCUUUGGCAUAGAAUCAUAGGCUUUAGAGCUAGCAAGGGCCUGAGAGACCAUUGAGUUCAACCCCAUCAUUUGGUGGAUGAUAAAAAUGAGGCUUAGGAAAGUCAAAUGACUUGCCAGAUGUCACCUAGGUGGUAAAGCAGUAGCAGAGCUGGAAUUGGGAUCAGAAGCUGGAUCUCCUGACUUCAAACCCAGUGUGCUUUCCAUUUGCCACACUGUCUCUCGUGUGGCCUGGAAUGAAAUGACAAUAUAGCUCAUUAUUCUAGAAUCAAUUCUCUGCUUAAAAGUUUUAUUUCAAAAGUGUGUGAGAAUUUUAGUUGCAGUUUGUACUAUUGAUAUAAUCAAAAUAUUGGUCAGAAUUCUUCAUAAAAUAUCCAUCAUGACAGUCUGUUUUAUUCCUAGGAGAGAUCAUUUCUGUCUUAAGCUUUUUUCUUACACAACUCUUUUAGCUGACCAUCUUCAAGGUUUAUGUUUAUUUUAAAAAUGACAUGGACAUAUUUAGUUAUUCUCUUUUCCAAAGCAGACUUCUAAAAAUUUAAUAUUAUUCUUGAAGUUGAAAUACACUUUUCAAAGAAGUGAAAAUAUCCUUAAACAGUGGCAGGAUUGGCAGCUUAACAGUCAAAACAUGAAAUGUUACUGUUAUUUUGCCAUAUCACCUAGGAACACCUUGUGCCUAUUUUAACUGUGUGACUAUAUAGCACAAUAGCUGAGUGUAGCCAACACAAACACACCUAUGCAGUUUAUUCAGAAGAGCAGUCAAUUUCAUUAAACACACACACACACACACACACACACACACACACACACACGCACGCACAUACACAAAAAUGAGUCAAGACUGUAAUUUUGCAGUGUUCAGGCAAAACACAACACUGACUUAUGGAACUUUUCACUUUUCAGUGGAUUUAUCUGCCACUAUGUAGACAUAACCUAUGAUUAUUUGAAGUGUAACACAAAAAAAAAACACAAAAAGACCUCUGAAGAGCAUGUUUAGAAACUGUUUUGCAGAUUAGCAGUUAUUAUGAGUCCUAUCUAUCUCUUCCAAUAUCAGAAGACGUUGGAUUCAGGUAGGGAAAAACACAUCAGGAGUGAUGAGACAAAUGAAAAUUUAAUAUCAAACAGUAAAAGAACUCACUAGGCCCCAGAUUAGAAUGAGAGAUCCUUCAUGUUGAUAUCAAAGACAAUGCUUUUCAAAGUUUUUUUUUUGUUUUUAUUGCUACUUAAACAAUAAUUAAAGUAAUUUACUAAGCGCAUGUGGUCAUGUAAAUGUUCUUAUUGCAGCAAAUAUUCCCAACUUGGGUGAAAGGUACUUAGAGGGAUUUCUAAUGCCUCAAGUCUGUUCAAAAUAGAUAGUAUGUAAACAAUAAAUAAACAUAAAACAUGA